AAUUUUAUGUAUUUGGAUUUAUUAUAUAAAUUUCCAAUUCUUUAUUUUUUGGUUUGAGAAAAGAAACAUAGACAGCCCCUUUACGUCUAUGCCCUGUGUUUCUAAAAACAAAGUCUUUGAAACAGCCAUUACUACCAACAAGGAAAGAAAGAAGGAAGAGAUAGACAAGAGAGCAAAACCAACAAAAAAAGAAAGAAAGAUGGGGAUGAUGAGAAAACGAAAUAAUCAACGUGGAAGCUUACCCAGAUGACAAGCUUAAUGGCCAAGUAGCACCAGACGCCUCCUUCUAGUUCUUCUCCCAAAAAAAGCAACGCCCUUUCUCUCUCUGCUCUAAUCCUCACACCUCGCUGGCUCGCGUGUCUUCUACUCGUUAGAUUUUGCAUUUUCAUGAAGAUCCACCCACUACCCACGAUUCCUUAGAGAGAGAAAUUGAGCCACAAAGAGAGAGAAAAAGAGAUUUGAAAAAGAAGAAAAAGAUCGGGGACUAGAACAGAGAGAGUUACAGAAAGCAAGAGAUGGAAGGUGGAGGAGAGAGAGAGACGACGAGGAAGAGAGGAGGAGGUGUUGAAAACGAGAGGCAGUACAAGGGGAUAAGGAUGAGGAAGUGGGGAAAGUGGGUGGCUGAGAUUAGAGAACCUAACAAGCGCUCCAGGAUUUGGCUCGGCUCCUACUCUACCCCCAUAGCCGCCGCUCGAGCUUACGACACCGCCGUCUUCCACCUCAGAGGACCUUCCGCCCGGCUUAAUUUCCCCGAGUUCUUAGCCGGUGAAGACGGCUGCGGCUGCGGCGACAUGUCGGCGGCUUCCAUAAGGAAAAAGGCCACCGAGGUCGGCGCCAGAGUCGACGCCGUCGAAACAGCUCUACGUCACCACCAUCAUCACCACCACCACCACCACCACCAUCAUCACCAUGACUCGGCGGGAGCCACCGACCUCAAGCCCUGUGGCGGGUUCGUGGAGCGGGUCGAUCUAAACAAAGUGCCCGACCCGGAAAACUCGGACGGUGAGUGCGAGUGGGACGGGAAUUAGGAUAGGAAAAAAAAAAAAAAAAAGGCAACAACGUUUGGUUGCUAACGUGCGCCGAGGAGGUAACGUUUUGACGGCUGAAGAAAUGAUGACGCCCUAGGAAAAAAAAAAAAAAAUUAGUCUAAUGUUUCUUUCGCUUUUAGAUUUUUUUUCCUUUUUUUUUUUAAUUUUCUUCGUUAUUUUGUAUUUCCAUCAAGAAAUUUUGGCCUUGUAAAAAAGUGAUAAAAUGUAUAUUAGAUGGUAAAUUAGGAUA